AUUUUGAAUUUUCGAAUGAUUGUUUUGUCAGGCCCCUUGAGACGGGACCAGCCCUCGUUCACGCUCAAGCAGGUGAGCUACCUGUGCGAGCGCUUGCUCAAAGAUCACGAGGAGAAGAUCCGCGAGGAGUACGAACAGAUCCUUAACACAAAACUCUCAGAACAAUACGAAUCGUUUGUGAAAUUCACACAAGAUCAGAUCAUGCGAAGAUAUGGCGCCAGGCCUGCGAGUUAUGUCUCCUGAACGCACGACUUGAGAUUUCAUCUUCAACACAAGAUGGCCGCUCUUCUUUGGCCCUCUACUAC